UUAUAACUCUUGAAAAUGAUGAUCGUUUACACGUAGGGAUUUAUUUCGUCACCAUUCUUCUUAUCGAUGUAAUAACUUCUAGCAUUAUUGCCAACUUAGAGGAAUGAAAAGAGUUCGUGAAAAGUGGUGAAAAGAAAGCCGUGAAGAAAUAGUCGAAUACAAAAUGUAUAGAAAUAAAAAUGUAAUAUGUGAGACUGAAAAGGCAAAAAUAAUAAAUUUUUGUAUUGCAACAUAUUUGUCAAAUGUAAAACAUAUAUUGUUGCAGUCUACAAUCACACAACUUUUACACAUAUUUGGAAAGCGUCGAAGACAUGUAACAGAGGUUAUAUUACUACUCUUAUUAUAUGAAACUCCACCUAAUGAAUUGCUCGAUAUUGGGCCUAUUUUAAGAUUUUCACGAGAAAGAACGUGGAUGAAAAAAAGAAAUACAGAUUGGUGGGAACAAAUUGUUCAAAAUCAUUUUAAUGAAGAAGAUUGGUUGGAAUCAUUCCGAAAAUGAGAAAAUGUACAUUCACAUGGUUAUGUGAUCAAUUAAAAAAUGAACUUCCACCAUCUAUAAAUCAAUUAGGCGUAAGGGAACCAAUAUCGGUACAAAAACAAGUUGCUGUAUGCGUAUAUUUUUUAUCGAGUUGCUGUGAAUAUCGUGUCGUGGGUAAUGUCUUUGGAAUCCACAAGUCCACUGUUUGGAAAUGUAUACAUAAAGUAGUUGAUGUAAUUAAUACGAAACUAUUGCAUCAAUGGAUAUUUAUGCCCAAGAAUGAUGAAUGUCAAACAAUAGCUGCAUUAUUUGAAAGAAGAACUAAUAUACCACAAUUAAUCGGAGCAAUUGAUGGAUCCCAUAUUCCAAUUUUACCUCCGAGCGAUGGAUAUAGAGAUUAUAUUAAUCGUAAAGGAUGGCCUUCGAUGGUACUGCAAGCAGUUGUUAAUAAUACUUACAAAUUUCGUAAUAUUUUUUGUGGAGAACCAGGAGCCUGUCACGAUGCUGCUGUUUUCAAAAAAUCAAACUUGUAUAAAAAUCAUGAUUCUUUGAUACCUUAUCAAACUAAAGUGGUUUUAAAUAGGCCAAUACCAUAUCUGAUAAUGGGUGAUUCUGCAUAUCCGUUGCUGGAUUGGCUAAUAAAAGGAUACACAAAAAGUACGCAGUUAACACCCCAGUAA